ACGUCAUUGUUAGAGUGUCAGGGAAAGUGUAGCGAGGAUCUUUGGUUGGAUUUUUGUGUGUGGUCUCUCCGUCUCUCUAAACAUGGAACGAAGAAGCGAGAAGGGGAGUCGAUAUAGAGCGCUUCUCAAGAGGGCAAUUUUUAUGGUUCCGCUUAUGUUGCUGGUUUUCUCGUCGGUGUAUGGAGUAACCGUUACCAAUGCUCCGACAACUAGCAUUUCAUCUACAAAGAAUGUUAGUACCACCGAAAUUAUUCAACCUACCGAAGUACCAAACCAGGAGCAAAUUGGUGCACUAACCAUCUUCUUUAUACUUCUGUUAUUGUUGAUAUCAAUUCUUCUUGUGUAUGGUCUAAUUAAAGCCAAGUUCCACUAUUUGCCAGAAAGCAUUGCGUGUGUCUUACUUGGAGCAAUAGUUGGACUCUUGCUACAAGUCUUGCCCAUUGGUGAUUGGAAAGCUGAAGAAGCACUACAUCCUACUAUAUUUUUCCUGGUGUUGUUGCCACCGAUUAUUUUUGAGUCGGGCUACUCACUGCACAAAGGAAACUUUUUUCAAAACAUUGGGUCUAUUCUGGUUUUUGCCAUAAUUGGCACUGCAAUAUCAGCAGUUGUUAUAGGAGGUUUCGUUUAUGUCUUGGGAAGGGCUGGUGUUGUGUAUAAGCUUUCUGCCAUUGAGAGUUUUGCGUUUGGCUCUCUUAUUUCUGCUGUUGAUCCGGUUGCAACUCUGGCUCUAUUUCAAGCUUUGGAUGUCGAUCCAAUCUUUUACAUGUUAGUCUUUGGUGAAAGCGUUCUGAACGAUGCCGUCUCUAUUGUAAUGACAAGCUCCAUACUUGCUUUCCGAGGUCCCACAGAGGCAUCAGCCAGCUCAAUAUUGUUAGCAUUUGGCCACUUCCUACUAAUGUUUUUGGGAUCCUCUGUUAUUGGCGUUGUAUUUGGACUUAUCAGUGCAUUGUUACUUAAAUACAUCAACCUCAGAAGUGUUCCAUCACUUGAGCUGGGAACUGUACUUAUAUUUGCUUAUGCUCCGUAUGCAUUUGCUGAAACACUGCAACUGUCUGGAAUUAUGGCUAUUUUGUUCUGUGGGAUAGUCAUGUCUCACUACACUCACUUCAAUCUAUCAUCAGCCUCCCAAAUUACUGUGCAACUGGCGUUUCGGACUAUUGCUUUCCUGUCAGAGACAUGUGUGUUUGCCUAUAUCGGCUUGGCCAUUUUCAGUUUUCAUCAUGAAUUCAAGCUUUCGCUCAUCUUGUGGAGUGUUUUCCUUAUCCUACUUGGACGAGCUUUUAACAUCUUCCCACUGUCCCUGGUGGUCAACCGUUGCCGUUCAGUAAAGAUAAGUUUCCAGAACCAAGUUAUUAUGUGGUUUAGUGGACUCCGCGGUGCCAUUGCAUUUGCUUUGUCCCUCCACUUACCAUUUGAGAGCGAGACUAGAGCUGUUCUUAUUACCACAACAUUGAUCAUUGUCCUGGUGACAAUAGUAAUAUUAGGUGGCUCAACUUUGCCUCUAUUAAAGAUUUUACGGUCGCACUAUGCGGACAAGUUGGUCAUGAGUAAAACAGAAGAUCAGGGCACGACAAUUGAUGCAGAAGAUUUGGAGCAAACGGAACGGUUAUCUGGAGGCAUAUUUUUUGAAUUGGAUCAAAAGUUCGUAAUUCCUUUUUUCCGACGGCAGUUUACACAGAAGGAAGUAGAAGACUCACAUAUUGAGAUGCAGAAAAUGACCAGUCAGUGGUACAAUGGUGUGACUCAAGUGCCAUCAUCAGAUGAAGAGUCACUUCAGACGAAAGAAACUGUGGGUGGAAGUGAUGAUAUUCAGAGUGAUGCUUUGUGAUGGUUAACAACUUUCACAGUUUUUUAUCAUAGAUAUAUGAGGAUAGGUAGUGAUAGAUGAACAUUGGCAAUUGAUUAAUUGAUAGUUUAUGUGUAACACCUUGAAGGUGUGGUAAGCAUUUUGAUAUUGACUAUUUUGUCAAGUGACAUCAAUUCAAGCAUUUGAUAUGCAA